UGAUGGGGCUGCCCAGGUCGGUCCCGACCCUACUGCCACACAGCCGUAUUUCUCCACAGUGGGCCAGUCAUAUCGAGUGAAAACGCAUGACACUGUUGUACUUCCCUGCGAGGUUAUCAACCCUGGUCAGUACAUGCUGGUCUGGAAGAAGGGCAUCGCCGUGCUGGCUGCUGGACCCACCAAGGUGACGCCUGACAACAGAAUUCGCUUGGUGGACGGCUACAAUCUGGAGAUCAGCAAUGUGCAGACACAGGACGCCGGAGACUACGCCUGUCAAAUUGCAACUUUGCAACCCAUAGAGAUCAUCCACACGGUCGAAAUUCUCGUACCGCCCCGAAUCGACUUCGUAUCAUCUGAUGGAACACGCAGAGGCGCAAUGGAGGUAAAAAAGGGAUCAGCCGUCACUUUGGAAUGCCGAGCAUCUGGCAACCCUGUUCCUACAAUCACGUGGACAAGAAGGAACAAUCUGCUGCCAUCUGGUGAGAAGACCGUGAAAGGCACCAGUAUUACAAUUGAGCAGGCAAAUAGGCACCAGGCCGGAGUGUAUCAGUGCACCGCCUCCAAUGGGGUGGGGGAGCCAGUCACCCAGAACAUCACCCUCAAUAUCCUCUAUGCGCCUGAGAUCGAAGUGGAGAGAGGCUGGGUCCACUCUGGAGAGGGCAAUGAAGCACAGCUUGCCUGCAUCGUCCACGCUGAACCACCUGCCGAAGUUCUGUGGUACCGGGACACCAUGCGACUGGACACCACGGAGAGGCGCAUCAUGGAGUCUCGAGGCAGCCGGCACACGCUUAUCAUUCGCAAAGUACAGGCUUCAGACUUCUCCAACUACACGUGCAUGGCGGAUAACCAGAUCGGAAAGACCCGUCAGAGACUGGAACUGUCAGGGCGGCCCAAUCCUGCCAUCUUCGUGAGUGACCCGCGGGGGAAGUACAGAGACAUGUACAACAUCAGCUGGAAUGUGAACAGUUACACCCCCAUUGAGGAGUUCAAGCUUUCCUUCCGUAAGCUGCCAGUUAGUUCACCCCAAGCGCUACCGGGCCAUCAACAGCCACCGUCCCCUCAGCAGCAACUGCAGCCACCACCGAACAACCGACGACAGUCAAGAAGGGACAAUGACACAUACUCCUUCACGAUCUACGGGCAUCCCGGAAUCAGGAGUGAUUGGAACGACGUCAUUCUCUCGCCCAUCCCGAGCGGGAAGCCCACUCAGAAGAUGACGUACUUGAUUCGUGGUCUGGAACCGUCUUCACAAUACGAAGCGAGAGUGGAGGCAAAGAACCGCUUCGGUUGGAGCAGAUCAUCAGAUAGCUUCACAUUCUCCACUACAGGCAUAGAGAACUCCCUGUAUGAGCCCUCACCCGAACCCGAAGUUUUGGCAGAGCCCGAAGUGCGUGAUUUAGGCAUGACGGCUUAUAACAGCAUGGCGUCGUCGAUAUGUACUGUGGUGCCACUAUUGUUCACGGCUCUGGUAGCAGUCACGUGGUCCUAGACGCUAAGAAUCCUUCAGUGUUUUCAGUGAUGGAAGUGAAAGAGACCAUUUUAAAUUAAGGAGAUGACUGACAUUUAAGUGGAGAGAGAGAGAGAGAGAGAAGGAAGGAAACAGCAAGCUGAAGGUAGAGAACGAUGACUGUGUUAGUAGGUAUUUGUGCAUACGUAUGAUCAUCGUGCCAUAAACUGUGUUCUCAUCUUGAAAACCUCAAGUAUUUUUAAAUACAUAAAGAGUUUCGUAUUAAGUAGAAAAUCAUUAACAGAAAAACCUUCCUUAUGUGGAUAGUGGUAAUUUGACAAUCUCUUCUGUAAAUGUGAUGUCACGAUUGCAGGGAUGAGAUAAUUUUUAAAUUCCGUGUUUUUUAAUAGUACAUGGGAUGUGAUUCUAAAUAGAGAUAUGUGGCAUUUGAAUGAAUUAAUGAAGUGUCAUGAACUAUCUGGAUGAACACAUGUAUCUGUGAUUGGUUUUCUCCUUUCUUUCACAAAAAAUCUGGGAGAGAUUUCUACAGCCAUUUGUAUGUUUGUGUGAAAAUGUAGUUUCUGAUGAUAUUAUGUGAAUUUGUUAUUAGUUCUUUGAACAGUUACAAGAAAUCUAAUGCAAAAAAGAGUGAGCGCUGUGAAGAAAGCAUUGUCAGCAAGGUAAAUGGAUAAAUGCACUUUUGUUUGUAAAGUAUCCCUUCAACUGGGGCCAAGCAGAAACAUGAAAUGAAUGUAUUCAGUUUACUUAUUUCAUAAAAAUAAGUACCUUAGGUCAUGUAUCACGUAUGUGUCAUUUUCCCUAAAUCAUGAAUGUAAAGUAAGCCAAGAGAAUAUUUUCGACAGAGAUUAUAGAGUGUAUGCAAUGAGCCCCUGAACACUGACGCUAAUUAUUAAAGUUCUUAAGCAGUUUCUAAGCGAUUUGGCCACUUGUUGCAGGUACAUAAAUCGGAAGUUGAAUUCAGAGCUUUCACAUAACUUUACAAUAGGUUACCACUCUCUUGCUUGCUCGAUGUUUUGAUUGUUUACCGACAGCACUCUCAUUUGAGCCAGUAUUCUGAGUUAUAUAUAUUACUAUUAACAGCCGGAUGCUCAGUCAGUAUAGAGGGCAAUGGCUAGACGACCAUAGAAUCAAGGUUUGAUUUGGGGUAUGGUUUGAGACUUCCAGCCUAUAUCUAGUGGGUGUACGGUUUCUUCUACAGAGAUUGACGCUAACCACAGGCUUCCACCAAAUGCUUAAGGUUAAGGAAGACUGCAUAUACUGAAGAAAAAGUCAAGGUUCAUAGUGGGCUGUAAUACAUAUACUUUACCUUCCCUUUCAUUUUGAGUGUCAUGAAUAGGAAAGGAUAAAAUGAGUUACUGAUUCAAUGUUUGACUUUCUGAACAUAAUCCGUCAUCCCGUUUUAUUUCACUAUGUGAUAUUAGUUUUAAUGAACUUAUUAUCGAAAUGUUUAGAUUGUGUUUUUCUUGUAUGCAUAGCUACUAGUGUCUCUUUUUGGUGUCAUAUUUUGAACUUGCAUACCAGCAGAUGCUUGUAGUAACGCUGAUGAAACUAACAGAUUAUUUUCUUUUGUUUGAAACAUUUUUGUAUUUCUACAACAGAUCACAAUUCACUGACAUGUUAGAUAACUUUGUUUAAUUUCUAUACCGGUAUGUAAUGUUUGUGCUAGGUCUGUAAAUAUAAGAAGACACAAAGUCUGUAAGAAGUUUCAUACUGAAGGCUUUCGAAGUACAUGGUCACUCUAUCAUAAAGUUCUUUUUAUAUAACUUAUGUGUACAGUACCCAGUUAAAUUUUAUAUGUUUUAAUAUUUAACAGUUUGACAGGAGAUCGUUUGAAGAAACUGACUGAAGGGAUACUUCAUUCUUUCAUUUGUAACUUGUUGCCGAACAAUCACUCUUUGGAAACAUUUUGCUCUCCAGCACAAUGAUAAUUUUAAUUGACCUGUGCAUACGUCAGGACGUCAACAUGAAGAAAAACUCCUCCAGCAAAGUGUGUCAUAUCUAGCCGGAGUUAAUGGAAUAGUACAAUCAACGUUUCGGAAUAUGGAGUUGAAUUUUCAAUACUGUCCCUAAAGCUUCACUAGCACAAUAAUGUGUUUGACUGUGCCAUUAAUUUGCAGAAAUUAUCUGAUAUCAUGUAAAAGAAACGAGAAACUCUGUAACAACUCGUUAGUGUCAUUCGUGAAUGUAAGAUUUUUCCGCAAAUGUGAAUAUAUUUUUUUGGGCAUAGCUUGUAAUGAAUGUUUCAAUACAAUUUCUGGAUUAUGAUAUCAACAUCAAGCGACGAAUAAUAAUAUUUUAAAAUGACGAGAUAUCUGUGGAUGUUCUAAUGCGAUAAUACAUUGGAAUCAUCCUCUGAAGAUGAUGUGCGCAUUUUGAAAUAUCUGACUGUGAACAAAUAUAACGCAGUGAUAGCGUAUUAUGCUCGCCGGAGUGGUUGCCCUAGGUUUUAUGUGAUCAGAACUAGAAGUUACCAAACAUCAUUUGAGAAUGUAUUGGUUUCAAUUAUGAUUCGGAAUCUCAUCACAUUCUUAACAAAAUAUACGUACGUUUAUGUAACACAUGAAUGUUGCUAAAUAAGGAUGUGUUCUUAUUUUUGUCUUCAUCGUUUCUAUUACCAGAAUCUGAUUUCUUUACCAGUUGACUGAAAGUAUAAAGCAAAACAGAAUGACCCCAAAAUGAAACCAGAAAUCUUUCAGUAUUGGCCUGGUGAUUAUCAUAAAUCAUUGUUAAAUACUUCCCUUGUCAGUUGUGAACAACUAUAGCUUUUUAUGAUACUUGUAUAGUGGUAAUACCCCUUGUUUUUCUGCACUGCAUUAAUAGACACACUCCCGCUAUUAAAUAUUUAAUUUCCCAUAAUAUCUGGCGCGAAAACGAAAAUGUAAAUCCUAUAAUCGAAGAUCCUUUCACAUUGUUUUGAUGCUACUGAUUAUCCCACAUCGAAGAUUACUGUCUCCUUGAAUGUGACUUUGUAUAAUUUAUAGUUAUGUAGCAACAUUCCGUAGGACCGUUCUGCCUUCAUCUGCAGGAAGAUUGGGGCAGGCGAUCCUCCGAAACUUUGGUACCUGCAUGCCACCCUACAAGGCAUCUUGUCGCAAAAGAUUGAAAUCAUCAUAUUUAUUUCCGUGACAACAGCAAACCUCACAUAUCCCACGCUUCUUUAUGCUCAUAAACCAGAGUUCGAUCUGAUUAGGUUCCUUGUAACAAACUGUGUUACUCAUACAGGCAAAUACAUGUCUCUUUACAUACCUUUGCAGAGGUCACCAGAAAGAAGUUUACGGGGAAGUUUCAUCAAUCUGAGUAUCUAAGUUUAAGUUUAGUUAUCAGAACCAUUCAACAGAUUUCGAUUAUAUUAGUAGUAGGAAUUCACAACAAAAUUUCCUUAGCAAAUUUAGUUUUGACUUACACAGAUACAGUAUUGCCUGAUGUUCGGUUUGUAGCUCCAAUCGAGCUGUUCUUUUUUUCGCAAUUGGCGUAUCGUACAAGGAUUUGUUACAAGAUAUAAAUUAUGUAUCUCCAUAAUAUGUUGAUUUAUAGCUAAACUUUGCAUUUUUAAUUAAUAACAACAAAAUCGUCGUGUUAAUAAACCACAGAUUUAUAUCUGAGUUUGUUUUUUUACAUUCUGUUAAUGUUUAAUAAAUGAAGUGGCUAUUAUGCAAGCAAGAUAUGAGUAACUCGCUUUUAGCUCUACAUUUUUCACAUACACUGCUAAGUAUUCUAUAUGUACAUUUAAUAAAAAGAAAUACCAUAUAGCUAAUGUAAACUAGACUUUGUAGAACUGUGAAUUCGAUUUUUUUUUUUGUUAUUUGUACCCAAAUAUGAAGAUGUUGUGACUGUUGUAAUGUGUCUACCUGACGCUCCUCGUGUUACCAUGACAACCAGUGAACAUUAAGGCACGAAAUGUAUAGUGGCUUCGACAAGUGGUGGCAAUGAUUAUAUACCACAUGUAUAACAAAACUGCAUUUUUGUCAAUAGUUAACAUAUUGAAGCAGAUAAUGAAAAGUUGACAAAAUAUAAUGGAACAUAAUAUCUUUCCCAUAGAAAUAUGUGAAUGCUAGACAAGUUGUUUUAACAAAUCAAGAGUGAAGUGUUGUUAUCUCAGCUGUAAAAUAAUGACCUUUUCCAGUCUGAAGCAUCAGUAAUUUGUAGCAAUACAUACAUGUUGACACCUUUGAGCAGUUAAGUGAAGCCCUACUGCCCACACCAAAGCUUUUUGAUGUUACCAAUUUCCUGGUUGAUGAAGAAAUUCAUGACGGUCCUUUCGUGCUAACAUGAGCCACCAAGCAAUCUGCAUUUGUAUGAAUGAUGACUGCGUCUGACACUUUUAAUCUUCAAAUAAUUUACCAGCUACAUUGAAGUUAUUUUUAUAAUCCAUAUGUGAACAUCUUGCUAUAUGUGAUCAUGUAUUGUGUAUGGCUGUAAAUUAUACCUUCUAAUAUAUAUAUUUCGCAUCAGCAUAUUUACAGGUGUGGCUGAUAGUGAAUUGUAAAUGUAAUUUUAUCCAGCACUCAUUUAAAUCACUUGCAUAAUAUUUGAUUUCAUCUAAACAAUCGAACUUCACAACGUUACUACUAAAAAUCAUCUUAAAUUUUCAACAUAGACAAGCUGCAUUUUUUAAAAGUAAAAGUAUUUGUCUUUCCAUCCAGCCAUGUCUCACAGCCAUAAAUGUAGUUUAAGUUCUGGAAUGGUCAGAUAUACCAUCGCUGUCAAAGUAUGCUAGUGGUUUAAGUGCGGUUUUUGUGAUUCAAGUAAAUUUUUAUUCACACUGAGUGACGUCUGCAGUCAUCAAUACAUAAUACCAGUAAUAAUAUUCUUUUGUUCUAUAAGUGUAAUUUUAUAAGGAGACUCUUUGUCAAAUUAAAUAUUGUUUUAAAUUGUGUGUAUAUGUGCAAUGAAAUAUAUAAUUUGAACAUAUAAUUAUAAACAUUUAUAUGUUAAUUAGCGAAGUCACAUUAGACAUAGAUACCUUCACUUCAUGAAUAUUUAAUAUAAUAGAACUAGUAUUUCUAAAGCUAUUUUUAUAUGACUUAAAUUUAUUUGAACAUUGAAGUGUCGGAUAUUUGAGUACAGUUAAAUCCUGAUUGAUAUAUGUGCUUCUAAUGUGUGCUCUUACCACCUUGCAUCUGUAUACUAAAUGUGCAGUCAACUUCAGAACUUUUAAAUGGAAUUGAGAAGCCAUGUGAAUAUAAAUAUGUUUAUAUUGUAUUUAAU